AUGGCGCAACACACCCCACCACUGCUGUUGAUGCUUCUCCUUUGUACUCCAUCGGUCUCGUCAUCAUUCCAGCCAGCUCUGAUGUUAGAAAUGGCCAAGAUUCUUUUGGAAAACUACUGCUUCCCUGAGAACUUAGUUGGGAUGCAGGAGGCCAUCCAACAAGCCAUCGACAGUGGAGAAAUCUUGCAGAUUUCAGACAGGAAUACCCUGGCUUCUGUGCUCACGGCUGGAGCACAGGGGGCACUGAACGAUCCGCGGUUGACUGUGUCAUAUGAGCCAAAUUUUGUUCCAGUGAUGCCACCUUCGCUGCCGUCCCUCCCCGCAGAGCAGCUGAUCAGACUGGUGAGAAACUCUGUCCAGCUGGAUACCCUGGACAAUAACGUUGGAUAUUUGCGGAUAGAUCGGGUCAUUGGGGAGACGACAGCGGCAAAGCUUGGCUCCCUGCUGAGAGAUAACAUCUGGAACAAGGUUGCUCACACAUCCUCACUGAUCUUGGACCUGAGGUAUUGUACAGCUGGAGAACUGUCUGGAGUUCCCUUUAUAAUCUCCUAUUUCUCAGACCCUGAGCCCCUCAUUCAUAUUGACACAGUGUAUGACAGGCCCUCAAAUAAAACAAGGGAGCUGUGGACCUUGCCUUCAAUUAUGGGGGAAAGGUAUGGAAAGAAGAAAGACUUGAUUAUUUUGACCAGUAAGCGUACCAUGGGCGCUGCUGAGGCAGUGGCAUAUACACUAAAAAACUUAAAGAGGGCCAUCACAGUUGGGGAAAGGUCUGCUGGUGGGUCCGUAAAAGUCCAAAAGAUUAGGAUCCCCAAGUCGGAGUUCUACAUAACAGUUCCUGUGGCAAGAUCAGUUAGUCCAAUCACAGGCCAUAGCUGGGAAGUGAGUGGCGUUUCCCCAACCGUCAACGUCAUCGCCAAGGAAGCUGUCGCACAAGCCAAGUCCCUUCUGGCUAUAAGGAGUGCCAUUCCAAAAGUUGUGAAGAGCAUUGCCAACAUAAUUGGGAGGUGCUAUGCUUUCACUGACAGAGUCCCAGCUAUCCUUCAACAUCUGCAAUCAAUGGACUUUUUUUCAGUCGUAUCUGAGGAGAACCUAGCUUACAGACUCAACCAGGACCUCCAGACUGUGACAGAAGAUCCACGACUGAUUAUUAAAUACAUGGAAGACAAUGAUGCCAUAGAAAAGGAGGACUUUGCACUUGACAACUUUCCAGAUGAUUUGGAUUCUUUAAAAGUCCUGGUAGAUACAAUGAUCAAAGUGGAAAUUCUCCCACACAAUACUGGCUAUCUUCGCUUUGAUACAUUUUUCAAGUCAUCUGCAGGGCCUAAACUAGAAGAGCUCAUGGCUAAAAAUGUAUGGGAGCCCCUUAAAGACACUAAUAACCUGAUUAUUGAUCUACGCUAUAACACUGAUGGGUCCUUUACCUCUCUAGCCCUUAUACUGUCCUAUCUGCAGGACACUUACCAAAAGCAUUAUUUUUUCACAAUAUAUGACAAAAUUCAGAACACAACAACAGAAUAUGAAUCUCUGCCACGAAUUAUAGGCCCAACCUACGGCUCCAAACGUGGGGUUUAUGUGUUGACCAGCUACUACACAGCAAGUGCCGGCGAAGAGUUUGCUUACCUGAUACAGUCACUACAUCGUGGCACAGUCAUUGGGGAAAUUACAUCUGGUACUCUAAUGCACUCAAAAACAUUCCAAAUAGAGGGGACAAAUAUUGCCAUCACUGUCCCUUUCAUUAACUUUUUAGACAACAGCGGUGAAUUCUGGCUAGGAGGUGGUGUGGUCCCUGAUGCCAUUGUGCUAGCUGAGGAAGCUGUGGAGCACGUUCAUGAGAUUGCAGAUUUUCACCAAGGGCUCAAGUUCCUCAUAGAAGGAACUGGAGUACUGUUAGAAAAACACUAUGCAAUCCAUAAAGUAGCGCUUAAGGUCAGCAAGGUACUGUUGAGCAAAUGGGCUGAGGGAUUGUACCGUUCGGUGGUUGACUCUGAAUCUUUGGCAUCUCAGUUGACGGCAGACCUUCAAGAGACUUCAGGCGAUCAUCACCUUCAUGUCUUCCACUGCGAUGUUGAGCCAGAGUUGCUUCACGACGUCCCAAAAAUCCCCACUGUUGAAGAAGUGGGAUACAUAAUUGAUGCUUUGUUUAAAGUUGAGCUUCUGCCAGGUAAUGUUGGAUAUCUGAGGUUUGACAUGAUGGCAGAUGUAGAGGUGGUAAAGGCCAUUGGGCCUCAGCUGAUAAAAUCAGUGUGGAGCAAGAUAGUAAACACAGAUGCCCUCAUAAUUGACAUGAGGUACAACACUGGUGGAUAUUCAACAGCAAUUCCCCUCUUGUGCACCUAUUUAUUUGAUGCUGAACCAUUGCGGCAUCUUUACACUGUCUUUGACCGCACCACAACCACCAUGACAGAGGUCAUGACAUUGCCUCAAGUCAGAGGUCAAAGGUAUGGGUCCUCCAAGGACGUCUACAUCCUCACCAGUCACAUGACAGGGUCAGCAGCUGAAGUGUUCACCCGCUCUAUGAAGGACCUGAAAAGGGCCACAAUCAUUGGAGAGCCAACAAUUGGAGGGUCGCUAUCAAGCAGAACUUAUCAGAUCGGGGACAGCGUCCUGUACGCUUCUAUCCCUAACCAGGUUGUGUUGAGUGCAAUCACUGGGAAAGAGUGGAGCGUUUCAGGGAUUGAGCCUCACGUUAUAGCCCAGGCAAGUGAUGCUCUUCCUGUGGCGCAGAGAUUCAUAGCUACAAGACAUUUAAAGAGAAGGCACGAAAAGUAG